AUGGAUGAUAAACAAUUUCUUCGUCUUGCUCUUCUUUCUUCACAAAUUUCAACCAAGACACGUGUUCACUCAUCGGAAUAUGUUGAGACAAGGAUCUAUCGGUGUCGCGUUGACAUCUGUGUGGAUUCCAGUGGUAAAAGACUCCGCCCACCUGCUGAUCCCACUGAUGCUAAUCCACGCCUUCUGCCUCGUCAUCGGACCACUUCACUCCUAUUUUCAAUUUCUUCGAAGAUGUUUGAUUCGCAAUAA